UAAAACUUUUCCCCCUUUAAAUUAUAUUUCAUAAUCGAGUGUUGAGUGUUGAGUUGGAUUGAUUACUAGCACUAUUUGAUAUCAUUAUCGAUACAAGGUUGAUGAGAAGUGACUGCCUCUUUUGAUCUUCAACUAGUCUGCAAAGUACUUUUUAAGACAGUUUAACCUUUACAAAUCGCCAUGUUAUGCCAAUAUUAAACAAACGGUAACAAGUGAUAAACUUUUCAAAAACUUAUGUAAUAUUUAACUCCUCGAACGUGAACAAUACAAGUUGAGUGAAGAGAUUCUGUGUUUUGGCUGAUAUUACAAUGUGUUCAAAUAAAUUCAACAUGUUCUUAGUGUUAUUAGUGGCCAGUUUAUUGGUCAAUUUAUGGAAUGUUAAUGCCAUGUGUCCAGAUCAAACUGAGGGAUUAAUGAGAUGGUCAGAUGCUGGGACGUGGCCGGAAAAUACCAAACCAGACUAUAAUGGUAAACUAUAUAUAACUACUCCAGUUUUAUUGGAUGAAAGUCCUCCUAAACUUCACGCUAUUAUUAUACAACCCGGUGGAAGAUUAAUAUGGAGUACUGAGGGGGACUAUACAGUCUAUGUAGAGUAUAUUUUAAUACAUGGUCAAAUGGACAUAGGUUCAGAAGACUGUAAAUAUGAGAGAAAGGCACGGAUAGUAUUAACAGGCAAUCGAUUUGAUUAUGAUCCAGUUAUUCUUGAAGAAGGCCCGUUUGUUUUUAAUGAGAAAUUUAUCGGAAUCGCCCCAGGUGGAACAUUGGAAUUACAUGGACGAGAAAAGACAUCUUGGACUAAACUUACGAAAACUGUCGAAAAGCUCUCCCCACGGAAUGGUCUAAUUUAUGCACACGAGGAUUCUGAAGUUGCUGAUGAAGACAACUGGAAACCCGGAUUACUUGUUUACGUCAUUGAUGAAACUACAGGUUAUCCAGUGUUCGGAAAAUACUAUUAUCUUGGUGGUAAUGAUCCAUAUUGGUCAACAGCUGAUCUAUCAGAACUUGUCGAUAUGUUAAAUAAUGUGGACCCUGGUAGAAUUAUAUCUCUAGCUGUGAAUAAAAAUGCCGUUGAUACAUCAGUAGAUCUAACCCCAUUAGCUGAAGCUAUAGAAAUGAUCAUGUAUGGAGCAGUAAAUGGUGCUUCUUCAAUUCGAGGAAUCUCCAAUAACGAUGCAUAUACGUUAGUCGCACAGAAAGGUAAUUCUGAAAAGUUCAAUGAAAAUAUAUCACCCAACCAUGGAACAUACACACAAUACGCUCGAUCUGAUCUGACUUUCUGGGACCUAGGUAUAAAGAUUUUAUCAGAGAGUUAUAUUAAUAAUCAACUAGAUUAUAAAAGUUGGGUUGAUUUAAGAAUAGCGACAACAGAUGGCGCGUAUCCGGUUCUCCAUCUUCUCGAUGACGUAUCAUCAUGGAACGUUGGUGAUAAGGUUGUGUUAUCAUCAACUGAUUAUAGUUGGGAACAAACCGAAGAAGCUGUACUUGUUCAUUGUCCAGAUUGUUCUUCUAAUCAAAUAAGAGUUGAGAUGGAUUCCAAAUUUAUGCAUUUUGGUGAGGUUAUUGAUGGAGUUGACGAGAGGGGAGAAGUUUCUCUUCUUACCAGAAAUAUACUGAUAGAAGGUCAGAUGCAGUAUCAUUGUCCACCUAGUAACGGCAACUGUGAUAAAUUUAAUUAUGAUACAUUUGGUGGACACAUCAAGUUUGUAAGAGGAUUUGAGAAUGGCCAUAUCGAAGGCGUUGAGUUGUAUCAUAUGGGGCAACAGACUGGAAAAGGUCAUUAUCCAAUACAUUUUCACAUGGCGUAUGAAUAUGGACACAAAGAGAAUCCACCGUAUGCUAAUUAUAAUUCCGUUCACAAAUCAUACGCUAGAUGUUACACAAUACAUGGAACCCAUGGUAUAACAUUAAAAGGUAACGUUGGCUAUGACUGUUUGGGCCAUUGUUAUUUUCUGGAAGAUGGUGGCGAGAAAAGGACAGUAUUUGAUGGUAAUAUUGGUUUAUCAACGAGAAAAGGAUUAUUAAUACCAUCUGAUAGUGAACCAGCUACCUACUGGAUUACUAAUCCAUUGACUUACUUCAGAAACAACGUUGCAGCGGGGUCUGAGAAUGUAGGUAUAUGGUAUAUAUUUCCCGAUGCACCAGUUGGGUUAACUGUGGGGUUACCAGGCUUCAUGGAAUAUGACGAAGCUAAACAUACACCUUAUUUAGAAUGGAAUAACAACGUAGCACAUUCUAACCCGUUUGCUGGUCUAUACAUAGAUGAAAAGGUUUUCCCUGAUGACACGAUCGGUGGAGAUAAUGAUUAUGCACCGCGAGAAGAUCCACUUGACCCUGAUUCUCCCCCAGUAAGUGUUGACAUCAUCAGACCAACACUUUAUAAAAACAGAUAUCACAAUGCAUGGAUACGAGGAGGAGGCUUUAAUGUUAUUCACGGAUCAUUUGCUGACAGUGCUAUUGGUAUAACAUUUGCAAGAUCCACUGACCAAGUUCAACAUUUAAGUGAUUCUGUUAUAAUAGGCCAAUCUAGAAAUAUAGGAGAGCCAACUAAAUUAUUUGAUGAUGAUGAAGUUAUUUCCAUGCCACGUUCAUUUGCAAUCGCUAGUGAUGUAAGCUACCCAAUCAAGGGUCUCAACUUCUUUGAUAGUUCUGUUUAUGUGAACAAUGUGUGGUUUUCUGGAUUUGAAACUGAUGAAUAUCGAUCUGCUGGUGCCAUAGGUUUUAGGACCGAGAGUACCAUGACACAACCGUCUCUGAGUUCUGUACAGAAUGCCAAAUUCUCUGAUGACGAUCCCGAAAGCAGUCGUAUUUUCGAUGAUCAUUCACCAGACGAUGUCGAAGGUUCAAAUAUAGCGUUUGCAGAUAUUGAUGGCAGCGUAACUGGUAUUGCAGGAUCAAAAGUAGUCCGUGUUGGUUCCCCAGAUAUCAACGAUGGUUGUCACUUUCGGGCAGGCUGGAAUGUUGCAGUCUGCCAAAAUGGCGAUAUGCCUGCCCCGAACGCUCUCGCAACGUCUGCUUUUCUUCCGGGGAGUUGGGGUGCUGGUUAUUCAAGAGUUCAUGAUGAAAAUUUGAGAGUUGAUGGUGAAUUUGGAGAAUGGUCAGUUUGGUCAGAUUGUGUUGAUACUAACGAAGGUGCUUUCGAAUGGAGAUACCGAGCUUGUAACAGUCCAGUUCCACAAAAUGGAGGCUAUAAUUGUUUUGGCGCGACAAGUCAAUCUAGAAAUUGUGUUUUGUAUGCGCAAUAAAUACAAUGAAUUAACAAGGAUAACCAUUAUUCCAGGAAGUACUCAUGAACAAUUAUUUAUAUCUUUAAAUGUCUCAAGUUGUUUUCAGUUUAACAAUGUAUUUAUUGGGUAAAGCGACUGUUGGUAAUAGUAUAUAAAAUUACUGUAAUAUAUUGGUGCGAUAUUCAAAUCAAAAUCUUUCAUUUUAUGUCUAUUAUAGAAAAUAUUUUUCUUUUUGAAGAAACGUAAUAACAAAAUGUAUGUUAUGUAAAAUAGGAUUUUACUUACACGAAACACAUAAUUAAAUAAGUAGAAAAAACACAAUUAAAGAAUAUGCUCUAGUCUAGAUCACUCAAUAGUACAUGUAAUAUUUUGUAUAUCACAUGGUCUCUUUUAAAAAAAGAUAUGGUAGAUACAUAUAAAAUAUGUAAAACAUAUUUUGUAUUUAUUCAGUGAUUAAUUAGAACAAUCUAGAAUUAAUUAUGACUUGUAUGCGUAAAGAAAAGGUACUAUAUUUAAAAUCAAUCAAUAGUACAUGUUAUAUUUUGUGUAUCAAAUGAUCUGAUUUGAGAAAAAAUAUGGUAGAUACAUUAUUAUAUAAUAUGUAAAAAAUAUUUUGUUUAUAUUCAGCGAUUAAUUAGAACAUUAUGUAUGUUUUGCUGUGCUGUAUUAAGUUACCAAUGCAUCAACACGUCUUUCUUUCCCCGUUAAUCGUCUUCCUUUUCCUGGUCCUUGUCAAGAGAUAUUCAUAUGUUUACAAUAAUUAUAAAGCUGUUCCAUAGACUUAUUUGUGAAAUGUAUAAAUUAUGAAAUAAAUAUUUAUAUAUACA